AUGAAGAGAGAAAGGGGAGCCCUGUCCAGAGCCUUCAGUGCCCUGCGCCUCACUCCUUUUGUCUACCUUCUUCUGAUCCAGACAGGGCCCCUGCAGGGGGUGAACAUCACCAGCCAGGUCCGCCUGAUCCAUGGCACAGUGGGGAAGGCCGCACUGCUCUCCGUGCAGUACAGCAGCACCAGCAGCGACAAGCCCGUGGUGAAGUGGCAGCUGAAGCGGGACAAGCCAGUGACCGUGGUGCAGUCCAUUGGCACAGAGGUCAUCGGCAACCUGCGACCUGACUAUCGAGACCGCAUCCGCCUCUUUGAGAAUGGCUCCCUGCUUCUCAGCGACCUGCAGCUCACCGACGAGGGCACCUACGAGGUUGAGAUCUCCAUCACGGAUGACACCUUCACCGGGGAGAAGACCAUCAACCUCACCGUAGAUGUGCCCAUUUCGAGGCCACAGGUGUUAGUGGCUUCGACCACCGUGCUGGAGCUCAGUGAAGCCUUCACCCUGAACUGCUCCCAUGAGAACGGCACCAAGCCCAGCUACACCUGGCUGAAGGAUGGCAAGCCCCUCCUCAAUGACUCGCGAAUGCUCCUGUCCUCCGACCAAAAGGUGCUCACCAUCACGCGUGUGCUCAUGGAGGACGACGACCUGUACAGCUGUGUGGUGGAGAACCCCAUCAGCCAGGGCCGCAGCCUGCCCAUCAAAAUCACCGUGUACAAAAGAAGCUCCCUCUACAUCAUCUUGUCCACAGGAGGCAUCUUCCUCCUUGUGACCUUGGUGACAGUCUGUGCCUGCUGGAAACCCUCCAAAAAAAAGAAGAAGAAACUGGAAAAACAGAACUCCCUGGAAUAUAUGGAUCAGAAUGAUGACAGCCUGAAGCCGGAAGGUGAGCUCCCAGCGGCCCACUCACCCAACCCAUCCUCACUCAGAUCAGUGGGCUUCUGGGAAAAGGCAGAACUGGGCCACAAGGAAGCCGGCUCUGCAGGGCCCCUUCCUCCACCAACUGCACGAAGACUGCAGAGCAGGGAGAGGUGCGGCCAAGCAGACACCCUCCCGCGAAGUGGAGAGCAGGAGCGGAAGAACCCCAUGGCGCUCUAUGUUCUGAAGGACAAGGACGCCCAGGAGCCCGAGGAGGAGCCUGCUCCGGAGCCCCGCGCAACGGAGCCCGGCCCGCCCGGCUACUCGGUGUCGCCGGCAGUUCCUGGCCGCUCGCCCGGGCUGCCCGUGCGCUCUGCCCGCCGGUACCCGCGCUCGCCCGCGCCCUCCCCCGCUCCCGGUCGGACGCACACGUCUCCAUCCCGGGCGCCCGGCUCGCCUGGUCGCUCGAGCAUACUUCGGACUGCGGGCGCGCGCUUGAUCCGCGAGCCGGAGGAGGCCGCCCCGGUGGGGAUCAGCGCCUGA